CCCCCUCCCCCCCCCUCAACCACAACCAAAAAAGGGUCGCAAAGUUGCAAGUUGGGAAUACCUCCUUGGGCCGUUCGUUACUGAAUUCCCUUUCCAUAGGAGGCAUCUCUCACCCCGGACCCCUAGUCAAUCUUUUUGUGUGUCACUCGUCCCUCACUUCUCUCACUCUCUUCUCUCUCUCGCUCUAUCCCCCACCACCCCCCUCCGAUCCGAACACCCCUCCAACUUCGUCAUUCCUCCCUCUCCUCUAUUCGCUCAUUUCGUCGCUCUCUACAAGUCUUCUUAUCCCAUAGACAAAGACAUAUAAGGUCCCUGGGCAACGCGCACUCCAUCGUCUCAGCUUCCCUUGUCUUUAGUUUAUCGUUCCCCAUUCGAGUUGUCAUUCCUUAAUCAGAACAACAACAUCAGCAACAGCAACAACAACUUCUUCGGGCCUACAACGCCCGCUCUCUCUUAGCAAACCACAACCGUCAUGUCGUUGUUCAAGCGUACCUUCAGGUCGCAAGACCCCAAUGUCCGCGUCGACAAGACGUCCAGGCUGAAGAAGUCAAGCUCGAUCCGGGAUCACCAGAAGCUAUCGAAAAUGCAGCAGUCCGUCAACGAGAAGCCCGCCAUGGCCCCACCAGCCGCCCCCGCGCCGCUGCCGACCAAGACGGGCAAGUCCGUGGCCCCUUCACCCAUCGUCACCUUGACCGUGGGACGCGAGGGUCGACUGUUUGCCGCUCACGAGGACGUCCUCUUCCAGUCGCCCUUCUUCGAGGCCGCCUGCCGAGGCCAGUUCUUCGAGUCGCAGAGCAAGAGAAUAUCCCUCCCCGACGAAGAACCCGAGAUCUUCUCCUCCGUCCUUGAGUACCUCUACAAGGGUGACUACUACCCCCGCCUCGUCCACAACAGGCACCGCAACUCUUGGGAGCUCGAGGACGCCGUCAGAGGAACUCCCCAAACUUCCCCCAACCCCGAAAACACCCCCCGAGGCGGCCGCGCAGCCGCCGUUCCCUCUACUCCCACAUCAACAACUACCGGUACCACCGCGAGUGAGGCAACAAUCUUUGUCUCGGGCUGCGGGCAACACAUCCUCCGCGACACCGUCAUCUACUGCGCUGCGGAGCGGUACGGGCUCGAGGAGCUCAAGCGCCUGGCUCUGCGUAAGCAGGGUCUCCAGUCCGGUAUUGAUAUCGGCACCAUCCUGCGCUCCGCCCAGUACGCCUACGCCCACACCCCCGACUCGGACUCCCGGCUGCGCGCUCACUACCUCGCCCUGAUCAUCAGAUGUCGCAAGACAUUCAAGAGGAGCGGAACCAUGCAAGCCGAGAUGGAGCGCGGCGGUAGCAAGCUCUUCUUUGACCUGUUCGUGGCCAUGUGCAACCACCUCGACGACGUUAUCGACCACAGCAACGCGCGAACACCCAAGACCGUCUGAGAGGUUUCGGUUGACUUUCUUGGUCUUGUUGGUUGAGUUGACUCUCGACCAGACACAGCCAGAAAACACAUGUACAAAAGCGAUCAUGGUACUGUCACGGCGUUCAACACGGUUGUUUUUCUUGUCAUUUUGGUCCUUUGCCUUCCGGAUUUGCAUCACAAGGAUAGGAGGUUGUCUUCUGAGAACUGCGAUCCCACGGAGGUCUGCUUUUCAUGCCGGCACGUCACUUUCUCCCCUCUCUCCCACACCAGAUUGGAAUCGUCACCAUUUGGGAGCUGUCUUUUCUUUCUGAAAACCCAUCUCCACUUCUCAUCGAGGUUGGCCGAAUAAACCUUUCUGGUGGAUUACCGGAGUCGAGGAGGACUAAUACCCCCCGCAAACGAGAUACACUCCUCCCGCUCUUCUUGCUUUCAACUCUCUCUUCCGCAUCAUCUGGACAAAGAUUCCCCCAAAUACAGGAUAUACCGGGCCCGGGCGGUUUUUCUCUAUCUCUCCAUUUUACCAAUCACUGGCGUCUACCCCCUUCUGAGCUCUAGUACUUUACUCCACGUUCACUCGUAGGUGGUAAGGGAACGGCUCAAACGGCUCAUCAGAGAGCGAAAAGAGGAGGAAGUCGAAACGGAGAAGAGACUUGUUACCUUUUGAUUUUACACAAAAACACAAAAUAACGACAAAAAAAAAGACACCAACCCCAGCACCAAGUUUGUUCCACUCUUCAACUACUCUGCUUACUUGGGAUCGACAAUUUACGGGGGACGGCGCAACUCCAACAACAACUCUCAUCUCUCCAUCGGGAACAACGGAUUUUGGGCGUUUACGGUAUUAGACAUACCGGGGCACAUCAGUUUGGUGCCAGCUACCAUAACAGAUUGUGUUUUUUGUCUUCUUUCCAUCAUUUUCUGAGAUUACGGAUGUCUUGAGGAUACGUACGGGAUGUGCCCGCCUCCGACUCCAGGGCAGGCCGAGGAAAAGAUCAUGUACAACUCUCAACAGCGCAACAAGGACCAGACUUUUGCGCUCUUAUUCUUCUUCUUCUGGCCUUGCCAAAUCAACAACUCAACAAUAACCAAAAAAAACGGAAAAUCUCCCAAGCAAACAAAGCAUGUCAAGACUGAACGACUUAACACACCACAUGCUUUCGGAUCUCAUUUGUCUCUGGGAAUUUUAGGAGGAUGCAACUCUUGUUUUUUCACGCGGUUUUCUGCAUUGGUUCCUGCUUUUGCGAUAUAGCCUAGGCGGAUUGGGAAUAUCAUCCCUAGUGGAUUGGUUCUCUUGGACCUGGCUUGAGCCCUCGUCAGGGCGUGGUAAUGAGAAAUUUCGGCCACCUCAUGGAUUGUUCUUCUUAUUCUAUGUGACUGUUUGCAUGUUUCCAAGUGACUAUAUGCCCUGUGUGAUUGGCUCUCUUGAUGUAUACCCGCAUGUUAAGUGACUCACGAG